AUGUUUCUAAAGAAUAUGUUCAAGAAACAAACUAGAUUCUAGAAGUACCUAUUUGAGAGCACAAUCUAUGAUAAUUCAGAAACAGUUGAUUUGGAAGACAUUAAAAAAAUGUUGUAAGGUUACCCAUCCAAAGAAGAGGAGGAUCAAUUAGUCUAGAGCAUGACGAUUGUUUAAGUAUUCAAAGAAUUCAUAAGACUCAUACCUUAAUAAUUGGAAAGUCCAAAGAAAUUAAAAGUGUUAUUAACAAUCCAUGUCUUAAUGGGUGAUAUCAAACAUGGCAGACUGUUUGUGUAAUAAUUCCUUGGAUGGAUUGGUUGGUAACACAUGGAACAAAAGGACACUUUUAGUAAGUUUUCUUCUGUAUAAACAAUGAUAAUACAAAAAUUAGCUUUAAUCAGUGAAAUUAUAUCGAAGAGUAAAAUGAAAUCCAACUCUAAUGUUGUAUUUAAGGACAUAGAUUCUAACGUAAUGCAAUUUUAUAAAAUGAUUAACGCUCUCAAUCUCAUCCUAGGAUAACACGAAUUCUACGCACAGGUUUUUUAGACUCACAACAGAACAAUAGUGAUGGAAAUCUAUUUGUUAUUGUGGAAUGAUGUUAUUGCACUCUAUUUAAUGUUGGAAAGUUAAUAGGUUUAUUGUUAUUAACAAAUGGAUUAAUAGUAAUCGAUCUAAGUUUAUGAAUUAUUCAAUGAAUACAUUAAAUUAACACCCCAAGUCAAAAAGUUUGCUUAAUUGAGGGUAUUCUUUUAAAAUUGCAUUGUUAAUGAACCUAAAUGGUAUUAACCCACAAAAAAGGAAAUAGAAGAAUUGUAAAUUUAUUUUUAGAAUGUCAAAAUUUAUCUAACUAGUAGGUCAAAAAGGUUAAAAAUUGAGAAAUCAAGUCCUCAACCAAAUAAAAAUGGCUAAACCUCUGGCAGAGAUAUGAAAAAGUCAUAAUCAUAAUCCCAAAUAAUUCCUAAAGGUGAUCUAAAACAACAACAAGAUCAUUAUUUAUCUAAUACUACUAUGGAUUGUGGAAAAAGAAUACAUUAAGGAAAUGCAGCAUCUUAAGCCUAAUACACGUUUGAAAGUGAAUGUUAAACUGGUGAUGUGAUUAAAUAAUGA